AUGACCACCGAAGCCAGCUCCGCGCUUCUUACCAGCGAGCCCAUCUCCCCGAGGGACAAGUCCCAAGUUGGCCAGACGGUAGGCCAGGCUCUAGGAGUUCUUACCAAUACCAUCGGCUCGAUGGAGCUGCGUGCCGAUCCCGACGCGCAAGCUACCGUCACCGAUUUUCUCGAUUUCACCGAGCACUUGCCCUCCGACGUAAUACGCUCCCUGGCUCUCAUCGGAAAGCUGGACCAGGCCUACGUCGAUGCAUCCUCCAAGGUCAACGAGCUCACGACCACAUGGGGCCGGCUCCCCUCGCUGCCUCCCGAUACCCGCCCCUCCCCCAUACAGCUGCGAGCCGACAUCUCGGAAAACUUGAAGCACGCUAUGAACUCGCGGCUGUACAGCCACGCCGAGGCUGUGCGCAUGUCUGAGAAUAUAAACAAGCACUAUAACCGCGCCAGGACCAUCCUCACCAAGCUGCAAGAUAUGCUUGAAAACUUCCCUACCGCCGAGGAGCAGCAGAAGAGCCCCGUCUUGUCCGUCAAGUCGCCGCAGCUGUCGCGAACGCCUAGGCCCGCCAUUAGAACGACCGACGAUGGUCAACGUGUCCGGCGGCGCAGGGUCCCUCGAAUCAUGGUUCCUGGAGAGGUUCUGGCCCCCUACGAACUCGAUUUCAACGCCUACUCCGACGACAGCGACUGCUCAUCGUCGACCGAGGAACCAGAGAGCCCUACAAAACGACCAGGAUCAAGCGGUACACCUGGUAUCCCCGCAAGAAUCAAGCUGGUGAACAAGGUUCCAAAGACCCCCAAACCACCUACAGCUCGCCCGCCAAGACCUGUUACUGUCCAGGUUGUGGGAGCUGCCGUGGCCGGACCCGUACCUCAACCGCCACCCGACAGCGCACCCCCUGGAAGCUCUGAUGCGCCAUGGUUACAGCUGACGCAGUACGAACUCGCUCGCCUUAGGAAGCGCAUGAAGAAAAAUGCAGUGUGGAAUCCUAGCGACACCAUGAUCGCCCGGGAGCUCAAGACACUCGGCAGGGGGCCCGAAGCGUAUCGGGAGGCCAAGAAGAGGGCGGAGGAGCAAGGUGGCGCCAUCAGCGUCGACACUCUCGAAGAAGACAUGCCCGUAAGUAACAAAGGUAUGAAGCUGAACGAGGCCAAGAAGAUGAAGAGAGAGGCCAUGGCGAAGCUUGCUGCUGAGGAGGCCGAGGAGGCGGAACGCAAGUUUGCGGAAGCCGCGAGGCUGUUUCUAGGAGAGCGUGGGUCAGCUGGGCCGGGAAAUUCUGAAGGGUCAGCGGACGCCAACUCGAAGGGGGCCAACGGCCAGAUGAAGACCCGGACGAGUCACAAACGCAAGCGAGAAGGAGAAGGAGAAGCAGACGGAAACGGAAACGGAAACGGAAACGGAGGGGCGGCGGGGUCCGAAACGCCGGCUCCUGGUAAAAAGCUCAAGAUGGAGACUCCCGUGCCACCACCUCAGCUCACGCCUCGCUGCCCAUCCCCAUCCCCGCCAGCCGUCGGACCAGUCUACCAAACCGUCGAUGUCUCCGCCUUCCACCAUUGCAGUUGCGGCAUCGGCAACGAUCGUUACAACGGUACCAACCAAACCACCGGCGGACGCCCCGUAGUGGAACGGGCCAUUUCUACCACGCCCAUUUUACCACCUGUGCCCUCCCGCGGAAAGGCGAUGAGCCAGGAGCCCUCGGCGGCUGCAUUCGGGGCUGAUCGGCCGCGUCGCUCGAGCACCGCCCGCAAUACGCCCGCGCCAGAGCAGCGACAACUGGGAGGGCCGGCCACGGGGCCAGCCGCGGGGCCAGGAGUAGGGCCAGGUGGCAAGCGGGCUAAGCGGCCGGCUCCGGGCGUCGUCAGCACCACCAACUCGGGCGGUAAUAGCGCCGUUGGGAAGAGAAAGGCGGCGCCUCGGAAGAAGGCCCGGACUCAGAAAAAGGAAAAGGGACAGCAGAUUGAGGUCAUGGAGGAGGUGGACGACGAAGGGAACCCUAUUGAUCCCGAGGAACCGAGAACUGCAAAGGCGAGUGGUUUCAUCUCGAAUGCGUAG